AGAAGAUGGAGACUGAAGACUAAUGUACGGAGACUCAAAACAGACUGAAACAGAGUGACCCAACAAUCUGUGCCACUAACCUUGAAUAAACUCGGGCACUAAGAUGCCCAAAAGCGAUACCUGGCCAGGUGGCGUUGGAUUGGAGACGAUGACUGGCAUGGAUAGCGCUGGCAGCUGUGACAGCGUUCUCAGCGCCAAUUCUGGCUUUAGUGAUGAUAGUCUGGAGCACCUGUCUGCUGAAGAGAAGGCCUGUCUCAUGUUUUUGGAGGAGACUAUUGAGUCCUUGGAUACCGAGGAAGACAGUGGACUGUCCAAUGAUGAACCGGACCAACUGCCCAGCCCUGGCAACAUUGCUAACAAACUGGCAGACCUGUCAGCCUCCAUGAGCAAAGGUUCACAGAACCACGCAUCCAAGGAACCCACACAGGAAUUUGUUGACACCAGACCCAUGCUGAGCUACCUGGUUCCUACACCUCUUGUUGUGGCAAGCAGCUCUCCAUGUUCUGCACCAAAUGCAAAGACAGGUGCCGUUCCAGCCAAAAAGCUCAGCUUUAAGCCCCACUUCAUUCCUCCAAGCAACAAACCCAAACACAACCAGAAACCUGUCGCUCCCCAAGUACCUUUAGAGGUUAAUGUUGUGAUACCUCCUCCCACCAAACACAGGGACUACUCAGUUAGGAAAGCUGAAGGUUUACCUCCUCGAGGUCCUCUGUCCUAUGAGGCACUUGUUCAUCUGCGGAGGAGUGCCUCCACAAAGAAGACGCCACUCUGUCCCACCAUUGAUCACACUAUAGAGUUGGACAAGCACCUUCCUGUCACACUGGAAUGCCCAAACCACGAAAUUCCUCCAAGAACUGUCAGUUUCCACUCAGAGACUUAUAAGUCUAAGACUGGUCCCCCGGUUGUUGGUCCCAAACCCAAAAAGAUUCCCGCCAACAUAUCUGUGAAAGCACACAAUGAAGCAUCCGUAACCUCGAACUCUUCAUUCAAUAUCAAGAAUGCAUCAGAUCCCCAGGUCGUCAGACUGGAAGCUUUGCUGAAGCUGGGUCUCCUGAAAGACCAACAGCCAGAAAACGUGUCAGUAGCCCCACUGCCCCCCCUUAAAUCUCACUCCUCUCUGGACCCAACUCCCAACAGAUUCACAAGAGGUCCAUCUAAUGUUAAUCCAUCAAGAAGCCCAUCAUUUUGUCAUUCUCAGGUGCCCACAGAGCCUAAGAACAGGCCUCUGCAGAGCAGCGUCAGUUUCCACCACUACUCCAGACGUGAGGAUCCGAUACAACCUGUGCCUGUAUCAGAUCCCGCUCAAUCCAGUGUUUUGAAGGCAGCUGGUCUGGAGCGCUCUGCCACCCUAGACAACCACAGACAGGGUGGAAGCUGCCAGCCUGUGCUCCGCAAACCCUCAAACUCAGUGGGAUAUACGGUGAUGGUGGUGCCUGGGAUGGGAGCGGAUCACAAAGAAGCACUCAGAAAGCUUGGACUGCUCAAAGACUAAACCAGGUAAACAGCACAAGUCUGCCUGUGUAACGGCAGUGGCCCGAACGAGUUCAAGAGUACCGGCUUAAAGAGAGUUAGAGCACUAAGUGGGAACUUGGCACUUGGCACUUUGGCAAACUAAAUCAGAAGAGGAUGAAGAAGUGGAACAAUUUAAAGGGCAGGAACAGCACUUUUGACAGAGGUUUUAACACACAGGGAUGCACGUACUUGAGGGCAGUUGUUUUCCAACUGUUCUCCUGUUGGUUUCAAUCUGAAAAUGCACCUACCACAUUUCAAACCCCUGAGGCUCUAUGUGUUCGAUUGAAAUGUUAAUGUCAUUCCAUAUAAUCAGAAUCUCUUAUUAUUUUUGCUGUAACAAAUUUCAGUUAAGACUUGACAAGGCCCAAUAAUGGGCCGCUGAAUGUUUUAAAUACAUUUGUGCACACACACACGUUUAUGGCUCUAAGAAAUUGUCGAAAGUCAACAAUAGAAAGAGAUAUUGUAAUAACAUUUUAGAUAGUGAAGCAAGCCAUAUUAUAGCUUUCCAUUAAUCUUCUUCCUUCCUCAUUAUACUGCACAUAACAUGCUGCUCCACUUCUACUUAAAGGAAACAUCAACCCGAAUCAACAGACUUCUUCCAUGACGGAUUGUUUUAUAACUCACAGAUGUGCCUUUAAGUGGAUUGUCAAGUACAUUCCUCGGAGCGAAGCCUCGAAC